AUGCAUGUGCGCCAACAUAGCCGCUGCACCGAAAUCGGUCGGCAUUUUCCAGAGCUGGUGUCGAGAAGCGAGGACGUGUUGAACACCUACGAGGAAUAUGCGUGCGGAAAGGCUGCUGAUACUUUCAUCGUGAACCCGGUGACAGCCCUCACUGCAGAGCUGACAGAACUGAACACCGGAUGCAUCAACGCGCCGCUUGGUUUGCAGGCGGCAGAAUUUCUUUCUGGCUCUUCAGCUUUCAUCUGGCAGUGUCUAGUGCCCUGUGACCUCCCACCUUUGCCCGCUGAAGUUGCUCAGAGUGACUCAAAUGUGAAGGAAUCCUUGGCCGAAGUUCCGCCUUGUGGUGUGACGGGGCCUGCCCUGAAGCCGAAGAUUGGCAUCAGCUCAGCACUCUCGAGGUUGAUGGAGAUUUGCGGCCUGUCCAACUGGCUUGUGGUUCACAAGAGAUGUCUUUCACCAGAGACGGGCUUGAAGAACUGCCUGAAAGUCAGGAGAGCGGGUGGGACACCGAUGAAUGGCAAGGAGAGUGGUGGACUUAGUGGGGAAGGACCGUCAACAGAAUCAAGCAAAAGGCUUGUGAUUCCCAGCAUGCGAUAUGCUCCAAAGCACCUGAGCUUUAAGGCCAACAUAUUGGAGAUUCCUUUCCCUGAUCACAAUGAGUCCAGCGGUUUCUUGAUAUGUGUGGCCCCGGGCCACACUCUGCAUCUCUGGCGCCUCUCCGACAAUGGGCACCCUUUGCCGACCUUCUCGUAUGGAGACCGCAGACCUGAUGCAGAUCUUUGGCAUCGGAUGAUCAAUUUUCAGGUUGGUCAUGAGCUUUCGGACGCGAUCGCAAAGCGGGCCGGCCUGGAGGACACAGUGAACAUGCCGGCGAGGGUUCUGUUCAUGCAGCGCUGUAGUGAACGACGUCCAAUCAUCAACGAGCAAGCAGCCCUGGCGCUAACGAGCCAAGUGCUACUAACCUCCAAUCGCUCCGAAGAGCUGCUGUCCACCUGCUCAGGUCGGAUGAGUAUCUUAGACCAGGUGCGUGAGGCAAGAUCGGCACGCCUUAUCGUAGGGGAACAUGGAGGCGCACUGGCCAACACACUCUACCUUCAGCCAGGUGCAGGCGUGAUUGAGUUCGUUGGCAGCGCCGAGUCUCAUGUCGGACUUGAAGGAUACUGGCCACCGUACAAGAGUUUUUGGUAUGGUGGGUCUGGGGCCUCUUUGCAAUUCUACCGGGUUGUUCUUUACGAGCCGGAUGCUGCUGGCACAUGGAAUAUUCGCUUGGAUGACCUGGAGGAAGCUAUUGGCCAGUGGAUGGUGCAGGAACCGCCCCGACAGAAUCUUGGUGCAUAG